CAUUUAUUAAGCGCCUCCUGUGUGCCAGGCUCCCCGCUGAGCGCUGGAGCCGGCUGAGCAUUUAUUUGUUAGGUAGAUCCUCGGGAGGAUUCUUUUUAUUGCUGACAAGAAACCACUCAUCUAAGGAAUAAUGCUCUUCCCCACCCUCUGCUUUUUUAAGCUGUCACUGGACAACCUGUACUGCUGAGAUUCUGUGCUAGCUUCUUGACAUGCAGCUAAUUGUCAUCUAGAAGUGAUAAGACCAUCAUGGCAUCUCUUGAUGAUCCUGGGGAAGUGAGGGAGGGCUUUCUUUGCCCUCUGUGCUUAAAGGAUCUCCAAUCUUUUUAUCAACUUCAGUCACAUUAUGAAGAAGAACACUCCAGUGAGGACAGGGACGUCAAAGGGCAGAUAAAAAGUCUUGUCCAGAAGGCUAAGAAAGCAAAGAAUAAGUUGUUGAAGAGAGAAGAUGAUCGGUCAGAGUCUGGGACACAAGGAUAUGAAUCUUUCAGCUAUGGAGGGGUGGAUCCAUACAUGUGGGAACCACAGGAACUUGGUGCUGUGAGAAGUCAUCUUUCUGACUUCAAAAAACACCGAGCUGCCAGAAUUGACCACUAUGUUGUCGAAGUCAAUAAAUUAAUAAUCAGGUUGGAAAAGCUUACAGCCUUUGACAGAACAAAUACUGAGUCUGCUAAAAUAAGAGCGAUAGAAAAGUCGGUCGUGCCGUGGGUCAAUGAUCAGGAUGUUCCUUUCUGCCCUGACUGUGGGAACAAGUUCAGCAUCCGUAACCGCCGUCACCACUGCCGCCUUUGUGGAUCGAUUAUGUGCAAGAAGUGUAUGGAGCUGAUCAGCCUUCCCUUGGCAAGCAAGCUCACCAGUGCCAGCAAAGAGGCUUCCUUGACCUCCCACACCAGUCCCAACCAGUCACCUAAUAGCGUCCAUGGUUCUCGAAGGGGCAGCAUCAGUAGCGUGAGCAGUGUUAGCUCCGUAUUGGAUGAGAAGGAUGACGAGCGGAUCCGCUGCUGUGGACAUUGUAGAGAUGCCUUGCUUAAGAGGGAGCAGCAGAUUGAUGAGAAGGAGCACACUCCUGACAUUGUGAAGCUUUAUGAGAAACUACGAAUUUGUAUGGAGAAAGUUGACCAGAAAGCUCCUGAGUACAUUAAAAUGGCAGCAUCACUGAAUGCUGGGGAGACAACCUACAGUCUGGAACAUGCUAAUGACCUCCGAGUAGAAGUGCAGAAAGUGUAUGAAUUAAUAGAUGCUUUAAGUAAGAAGAUUUUAACACUCGGCUUGAACCAGGAGCCCCAGCCACAUCCGAGAGCUUUGCAGCUCCAGAGAAUGAUAAGAUAUUCGGCUACGCUUUUUGUACAGGAAAAGUUACUUGGCUUGAUGUCAUUGCCAACCAAAGAACAGUAUGAAGAACUGAAAAAAAAAAGGAAGCAGGCAAUUGAAAGGAAACUGAUCCUGGAAAGACAGGCUGCCCUAGAAUUACAGCGAAGGUCAGAAGAGAGGCAGAAAGACUUGGUUUCUCGAGGCGCAGUGAAUGGAGAAGAGACUUUUGUGCAGAAGGGCGCUGUGAGGAAAGCAGAGGGCUGGCUCCCCAUGUCCAGCGGGCCAGGCCAGAGAGAGGAGUCGGACCCACUCCUGCAGCAGAUCCACAACAUCACCUCCUUCAUUAAGCAGGCCAAGGCAGCGGGCCGGCUCGAUGAGGUCCGCAUGCUUCAGGAAAACCUGCGCCAGCUCCAGGAUGAGUAUGACCAGCAGCAGACGGAGAAGGCCAUCGAGCUCUCCCGAAGGCAGGCCGAAGAGGAAGAUCUCCAAAGAGAGCAGCUGCAGGUUCUUCGGGAGAAAGAGUGGGAGAGGGAGCAGUCCCAGGUAAUCUCUCAGCACUCACGGACUCGUUCUUUGGACUUCAAAGACAAGCUCUUUCAGCGGGAGUGUGGCAUGGAACCUCAGAACCAGAUAGCGCAUGUUUUGGACCUGGGUCCCUCUUCGGUCCAAAGUAACGCGGAUCUUAAGAGCCCUUCUCCCGACUCAGGCCAGGAGCCAAAUAAAGAGAAACCUGUGUUUCCUAUGCUAGGGCAGGAAAUGUUACAGCAGAACACUGGGGUAUAUCAAAAUGAGGCAGCUUCCUCGAACCCCUUUGAAGAGGAAGACGUCUCUAGUCCUGGAGGUGAAGGCUUCGCUAACCCAUUUGCUGAAGAUAUUUCUCAUGGAGGUUCCUCACCUCAUUCAGCUGUCUCCGGUGUCAAAAAAGAAUAUAAUCCUUUUGAAGAUGAGGACGAUGAACCCACUGGUGAUGCAGAUGGCCCCAUUCUCCAUCCCUUUGAAGUGGAUAAGCUUCCUUAUCAAAAGCAUUCCAGCCCUCCUAAUCCUGGCAACCCAUUUGAGGAGCCAGUCUGUACCAAUCCCUUUGAGAUGGAAGACAGUGGGACUGAGGGAGAAGAGCUCAUAGAGGAAGAGCUACUUCUCCAGCAGAUUGACAAUAUCAAGGCAUACAUUUUUGAUGCUAAGCAGUGUGGCCGCUUGGAUGAGGUGGAAGUGCUGACUGAGAACUUGAAAGAGCUGAAGCAUGCAUUAGUCAAGCAGAAAGAGAAAGCUAACUGAGGGAAGCAAGCACAGGAAUACCACCUCUAGCAGGGGUGCCUGCCAGGCAAGAUGAGAAUGGGAGGAAUGGAUGGUGGGGCUUCGAGUGGGGACAAAUUUAGGUGCACAAAAUUAUGAAAGGGAAUCUGCAAGUUUUAUGCUAUGCACUUUUGCUGAGAUGUUUCCAGUAACUUAAUAAAAAGGGGUACAUGAACAGGUGAAUUAGCAUUCAGUUGCUGUUUUCCUGUUCUUGUUUUUUCCCUUUAAGAAGGGAUUUAAAGUAGUCACCACAGAAUUGUUAACUAAAUGCUAUGCAGGUCUGUGGGGGCCAGAAUAGAACUAGCUAAGGUCACACGGGUCAAUUUUAUUAUUUCUCUUUGAAUCAUUGUGCAGUAUUACAGGGCAGCCUUAAAAACUGGCCUUCCACUAAACCAAGAGCAAACCUUGGUUGUGCUGAGGCAGAGGUCUGUGGUCUUGAUGGGGAUAGGUCAUACUAAAGCUUCAUCUUGUAGCUUACUAGAACCGAGCUAGUUAAGGAGGCCGAAUUCCCUAGCACUACAGCCUGUGUCCAACUUUGUACUUGUUUACUCUAAUAGAAACAUGGGACGUGAUGCUAGAGACAGAUGUUAGACCUUUCAUCAGUUCUCUUUUUAGGGUAUUUUGUGGAAAUCUUUUUGGGAGGAGGUAGGAAUGAGGGGUGAGCAGUGGAAUGUUAAAAUUCCUAUCCAGGCCUUGCCCCUUUUUGUUUCUGAACCCAAAGUGUCCUGCAAUCCCAUUGUCAGCAAGUCAGUUGAGUCCCCAACAGUUGGCUGCUGCUGUUUGAAGGUGUGAGGGGUAAACUUCUGGUCUGUAAGCACCCUCUUGAAAACACAAAAGCCUACAACUUUCUCUAUGUAUAGUGGCUGAUGUAAUCAUGACAUAUGUAUUCUUUGGGAAUCCUUGCCAUGGAACUUUGGAAAAACCACUCCUUCUACUUAGGCCUCUUCUAGUACUUAGGGAAAAGGCACAUUUUCUUGAAGCAGAGGAAAAAUUCAGAUAACUUUUGGGAUAGAUUGGUCACCUCUAGGCAUUCCUCCCUCAAGUUAGCAAGGCAGAUGAGACAUUUUUCACAACUGCUUUUAGAAUUACAAGAGUUAUAUGUUUUAAAGCACAAUAUAAGAUUGUUACAAUACAGCUGCAUUAUUGACUUGUCACGGAGGCCUCAUUUCAAGGCUAAAAAGCAGAAUAUUUAAUUUACUCCUUAGUGGUAGGUACAAUUCUUAGGAACAGAACCUGAAUAACUUUAAGGGUUAAGUUUAACGUAGCUCUAUCAAGAACUGGAGCUAUUGCCACAUUCAGAUUUAAGUAGAGUUCUGGCAGUAAAACUUGUGUUACUGACUAAAAAUCAUGUCCCCCUUAGCACCCUGUGAUCUCAACCAGUUUCCAGGUUCUGUUCUUUUGGUUCUUUGCAAAAGAUGACAAAAGUCAUUUUUCUGUUUUUAGUGAGUGACUGUUGCUCAUCACUUUCUAUCAUGGAAUCUCUUCUAGGAAUCUAAAAAAAAAAUUGAAGCUGUUCAGACUGCUGCACAUUCAGGCUCUGCUGGCCAAGGAAAAGGGUUAGAAUUGGGAGGAAAAGGCACUUUUUGCCUUCUGAUUCUGAUUUAUUAAUGAAAGAGUGGAGUGAGUGAGUGAGUGAGUGAGUGUGUGUGUGUGUGUGUACGGGAAGGAAUUUGGGAUGGGUGAACAAUACAAAUAUAAUUAAGUGGUUUAGGGAACAAAGCAGCAGCUGAGUAAUUGUUACUGUGUUAAUCAGGUUUCACUUGUGUAUUACUUAAAUUGUAGGCAGAGCCAAAGUCCAGUAAACCUUCUCAAAGGGCCUUUCUGAUGUCCAGUGUUUUGCGUACUUAUGUUAAGGUUGACAGUGUUGCCAGAACUCUUCAAAUGAAGUGCUAACCCAUCUCAGAUUAUCAUUUCCUUGUGACAAAGUUUCUUCAUAGAAACUUCAAGAACUAAAUACCUCUUUUCUGUUAUAAUUAAAGAUGCCAUUUUUCCUAUGAGAGGGCUGCUUUAGUUGGCAAUUUAUAUUAAAAGUAAUUGACUAAAUUUACCCCUUAACAGUCACACUGGCAGCAGUCUCUCAAUUUCCAAGAGCACUAAGAGACACAUUUAUUGGGAACAUUUUAGACUGAGUUUAUUGAAUGUAUUAAGUAAAACAAAUCUGUUUCCUCACAGGAACAAUAUUACUCCAAAGUGAAGUUCUGGAACUGUGUUCAUGUGAUAGGAAUAUAGGGGUAUUCUGAGGAUCCAAAUUGUUUGUGAUUGAUCCUUCCCCCUGUCCGUUACUGCCCCUUAAAUCCACUAUCAUGCCAGCACAAGGUUGAGGGGUGUUGGGCCCUGGAUUUGAAACUAGCUUUAAGCCCUUGCCUUCCUUGUGGAUGUUCCACCCCUUUGUAAGCCAUCUGAGCCAAGACAGCAUCAUCUCUAACCAGAGAUUUGAGUUGUGUGGAGCCAGAGGGGUUGGUUUUUAGCUUCUCUUCUUAAGACUGGAGAAUGUGAUAGACACAUUUUGGUUUUAUACAUCAGAUAAAAUUGAUUUUCUCUGCAUUAUGCCUUGUAUUUUUCCUGUUAAAUACACUAAUCAAGCAUACUUAUUGUACAUGUAGCUCAGUGUAUUUUUGCUAAGACACUAAAGUGUACUUUUUAGGUGUGUGUCAUUGUGGUCAAUGUAGUAGAUUAGUCCUCUUGGCAUUCAGGUAACUGAUCUUGAAAGUUGGAAGCUUAUCUCUUUGUACUUGGUCCAUACGGGGAUACUGACUGAUGGCUGAAUAAGCCAUCUCAUCCCCAAGAUCAUGUAGUGUUGAUUUGUACAUUUGCAUGCACUACGCCACAUCCUUGUACUGAAACUCGAAAAAAAAAAUAAAGUAACAAAUUUUA